AUGUUGUCGAACUUGGAACCUCCAGUCUUAGGUGACAGCCAGCUUGCGUUGGCCGGUGUGUUGCUGCUCCUUAGCCAGAUAGCUGAUGGUAUCUGUACGCCUCUCAUUGGCUACAAGUCUGACCGAACCCCUGGCUGUGGCAACUAUGGCAAGAGGAAGACAUGGCAUUUAGUUGGUACACUAAGCGUGGUGCUAUCCUUUGCCUUCAUCUUCAACCAGUGUCUGGGCUGUGGCCCCCUCACCCCUCAGUGGGCCAGUUUGACCUACUUCAUCCCGUUCAUCAUCGUCUUUCAGUUCGGCUGGGCCGCCACCCAGAUCUCCCACCUGUCUCUCAUUCCAGAGCUGGUAAAAGUGUUACUUGACUCCACCACUGACUGUGUCUCUCUCUUCCCAUUGGUCCAGCUCACCUACUUCGUGGGCCUGCUGCUGAUUAUGGCCUUCUCCUACUGGGUGCUGUUGGAUGGCCAGAUGGGUCAGCGGGUGUACGGGGCCGCUUUGCUGCUGGGGGCGGGGUCAGCCACCAUCCUGGUCAUAUCGCUCUCCAUGACCGCGGAGCUCAUCGCCGGUCAGACGCAAAGUGGAGCAUUUGUGUAUGGAGCCAUGAGUUUCACUGAUAAAGUGGCUAAUGGGUUAGCUGUGAUGGUCAUCCAGGCUCUGCAUCCUUGCCGUACUGUGGUGUGCUGUCCGGCCUGUGUGUGGUUCUAUCAUUACAUCAUGGUCAUAGUAACGGGAGGCGUGACAGUCCUCGCGGCUUUGGCGCUCUGCUCCAUCCUCAUCUGGCCAAUCAAGAUCAGACCACUUAUCUCUAUGGAUACAGCCAGAGUCAACUGACCGCCCCUUCCCUACAACAACUGACAUCCAGAAGGACAGGAAGGAUUUUCACUUUUGUUUCUUUUGAAGAUUCAUCUCUAGUUUUUCAGGAAAAAAGCCCCAGGGGAAUUCCUGACUGUCUGCUCGACUGGUACAGUCACUGUGGCACAUUCAUCACUUCUGAUAAAGUAACCAGGAAACCAUUUUUCCAGUUUUCUCAUCAUGUUCCAAAAAUUAUUUUCAUCCCAGUCCCCGGUAAUUAUAUUAAAAAAAAGAGCUUAUUAUAGGUUAAUUGUAUUGUAGUGAAGUGGUGAGUAAUUCAACAAGCACUAGCUGUCCUUUCUAUAGCUUUUUUAAUGGAUUUUUACCCACUUUCAACACUUAUUAGAGCCAAAUAUCUACCACAGUUGAGGGCACAGGUGGCACAGGGUUUGUUUCGGUGGCUGUUGAAAUAUUUUCAGCUGUUGCAGAUGUGUCUUUGGGUCAGUUUAUGCUGCCCCUGGCUAAUUUGUGCCUUCCAUUGUCUUAAUAUUCAAUCGCACUGCCUCUAAAAUUCCCUUUGCGUUCUGUCUGAACCCACAGUAACAAAACAUACAUGAACAUUGAAUCGUAGUUAAAUCAACAGCGUUGGCGUGAGUUUAUCAGCAGAGACAGUAAGAAUUAGAACGACCACGCUGUACACCUGCAUGAAAAUGAUUGGACGUUGCUAAUCAGCGGGCAACCCAGCAGAUGAUGAAUGAGCUGGUGAUUAUGAAGCAUGAGAUGAAGCCGCUAAUACUGGCCAAUGAAAGCUUUUCUGUUGCAUUACUGAACCUCCAUACACAUUCGUACAAAUCUUGACAUCUUUAGGAUUUUACACUUUUUUUUCUCACAUA